AUGGCCCACGCACUAAUUCUAGGAGCCUCAGGGAUUUCGGGCUGGUCACUUCUAAAUCAGGCCCGAAACUACCCCAGUGCCACUACUUUCACCCGCAUCACCGGCACCACCAACCGCCCUCUUUCGUUGGAACAGGCCCAGAUUCCCGCGGACCCACGUCUUCUUAUUGCUUCUGGAAUUGAUUUUACCAAGUCACUGGAGGAGGUGGUGCAUUCACUCAAGGAUAAAAUCCCCGACGUUCAUACAGUUACACAUGCAUUCUUCACAGGUGAGAAGCAAUCUUAUCACGGGGAUUAUGACGAAGAUGUUGAAAUCGGAGCAGCCUACAUCCAGACGAACGAUUUCCAAAGUUUAAGGGAGAAAAACACACACUUGUUAGACAUCGCUAUCACAGCCAUUGACCAGGUCUCUCCCAACUUGAAGGCUGUUAUCCUACAGACAGGCGGUAAAGGGUACGGUCUUGAAUUUCCUAAAGAGCUCGACAUCAAGGUCCCCCUGCGAGAGGACUUGCCCCGCAUUCCGGAGCCCUGGGCCAGCAACAUCUUCUACUACACCCAGUACGACCGAUUGAAACAACUGUCGGAAGGCAAGUCAUGGACCUUCUCUGAGAUACGACCAGAUGGAAUCGUGGGAUUUACUCCUACCAUCAACCCGAUGAACAUGGCUCAGGGCAUCGGCAUUUACCUUACCAUCUAUCGAGCCGUUAACGGCGCUGGCGCUACCGUUCCCUUUCCUGGCCGUGACCACGGAUACUAUUCGAGACAUUCGGACACUUUCCAGGACAUUUUGUCCAGAAUGGAAAUCUUUGCUGCCGUUAACAUCGACAAAUGCGGCCACGGAGGCGUCUUCAACGUUGCGAACGGGAAGGCAGUUUCGUGGUCGCAGGUGUGGCCGGGGUUGUGCUCUCAUUUCGGGCUUGUAGGCGAGGCCCCCGUGGCCAACUCGAUGAAAAUGGAGGACUUUGUCAAGGAGCACAAGGACGAGUGGUUGGCGCUUGCCAGGAAACACGGCGUCAAUGAGAAGCUCGUUGACCAGUAUGGAUGGGGUUUUCUUCACUUCAUGUUGGUUGAUUUUGAUUUUGACAGGCAUUACGAUCUCUCGAGGUCCCGUGAGGUGGGAUUUCUUGAGGAGAUUGAUACUGUGAAGAGCUAUGUCUUGUCUUGGGAGCGGAUGAGGGCUGCCAAGCAGCUUCCGCCAUUGUAA